AUGUCUGCCUCCCCUGCCCCCCCAUCUGAGAAUCCCUCUGAACUUGUCAACUUUUACAACCAUACCCUAUCCUCCUGCCUGGACCAGCUGGCCCCCAUCAGAACCAAAUAUAUCACCUUCAAACACUCAGCGCCCUGGUACACCUCUGAACUCCGCCGCAUGAAAGCUCAUGGGUGCCAACUGGAACAGCUAUGCAAGAAAACCAAUCUCAAUGUCCACCGCCAAGCCUACGCCCACCACCUUCACCGAUACAAUGAUGCCAUCAAAUCCAGCUCAUUCAACCCCAAGGUUCUCUUCUCCACUGUCAACAAACUCCUCAAACCCUAUGGUAACAUCACAGAUUCCUUCACAGCCACAAAGUGUAAUACCUUUCUGUCAUUUUUUCAAGACAAAAUCGUCUCCAUCCACCACAACCUGGCCACAUCCACAUUCCAUGACCCCUCCCCCCUUCUUCACCCAGCCACUGUCUCAGUUCUCCCCUCUGUCACCAGCCAAGCUCCACGCAGUCAUGGCAGGCAUGAAAAACCCCACCUGCACUCUGGAGCCCAUCCCCUACAGCUUCAUCAAGGACUGCCUCCCUGUUAUCUCCCCACUCACCACCGCAAUCAUCAACGACUCCCUCAGCACUAGUUCCGUCCCCCCAUCUCUCAAACUGGCUGCUGUCACCCCCAUCCUAAAGCAACCAGACAAUCUCCAAUCUCCCCUUUCUGUCAAAAAUACUGGAGCAAGCUGUCGCCACCCAAAUCAAGACCCACCUCACCUCCAACAAUCUGUUUGAACCAUUCCAGUCAGGUUUCCACCAACAACACAGCACAGAAACAGCCCUCCUGAAAGUAACCAACGACCUCCUCCUCUCUUCCGACUCUGGCCACCUCAGCAUCCUUAUUCUCCUCGACCUUACAGCAGCCUUUGACACCAUCAGCCAUUUCAUCCUCCUCUCCCACACAUCUGGAACUUUGGUGUCAUCUUUGAUAAGAACCUCUCCUUCGAACAACAUACCAACCACAUCACAAGAAGUGCCUAUUUCCACCUCAGAAACAUCGCCUGCCUCCACCCAUCUCUCUCCCCCCCUGGCUGCAGAAACCCUCAUCCACACAUUCAUCACUUCAAGACUGGACUACUGUAACAGCAUCCUUUAUGGCUCAUCUUCCAAACUCAUCAAAAAACUCCAGACCAUCCAAAACUCUGCUGCCCGCCUGCUCACCCACACCCUUCUCCUCACCCAUAAAGCUGCAUAAAGCUCUUCACAAUCAGGCCCCCUCCUACAUCAGUACCCUGCUCCACCGCAACCUUCGCUCCUCCGAUGCCAACCUCCUGUCCCCACCCCUCCGAACGACUCAUCGAACCUGGGUGGACAGGGCCCUUCCCAUUGCCGCACCCUUCCUCUGGAACUCUCUACCCAUCCAUAUCAGAUCCUGCACUGACUUGCCCUCCUUCAAAUCCCUUCUGAAAACCCACCUAUUUAAAAUAGCUUUUAACAUGUGACUAUUUUACUUAUUUAUAUUUAUUUAUUGUAUUUUAUUGCUAUAUUCAAAUUGUGUGCUUUAUGUAAAGUGUCUUUGAGUAUCAUGAAAAGCGCUAUACAAUAAAAUGAAUUAUUAUUAUUAUUAUUAUUGUCAGUCAGUGAGGUUCCUGAGUCAGUCUGAACCUAGGUCAACAUUCUUUCUAUAGGGUCUUGAUCCAGUGCACAGUGCGUCUCAUGGAUCCAGUUGCUCAGUCUGUUGGUGCUGUAGUAAAUGGAUAGAGCAUUUUUCUGCCUGUCAAAAUCUCAUGUUGGAUGACAUUCAUUGUCACAUUUGGAGUGGGUCUCAGUUUAAAUGGGGAUACGGAUGGCUUUGAUUCCUAGUUAGUUUGUGUCUGCGCAAACUUUAGCCAAUCCUAUUUUAAUAGCUUUAAGUGUAACCUUUGGAUUUAACUAAUAAUAUAUCUACAAUAAAUACAAUAUAUUUGCAAGUGUCUUUGAGGUGGGGGUGCCACCAGUGUUAAGAAAUAAGAGUUUUUGCUUUCGAGCUUGCACAGUGACCUCUUCUGUGGGCCUCUCGGCACAACAAAUUUAUUAAUCCAGUUGGAGCUACUAUCUUUCUUUCAUGAUUUCUCCAGAGACAUUUAUCACCUUUUUUGGCUCCUUUUUCUUUGUAUACCUGUUUUUCAGAUGGGACAGCUGCUUUUUUUGCAGCUAUUAGACACAUACAUCUCUUUGUGGUUUAUCACUUAAUGCUUUGCGUGAUUUGCCUAUUCACAUUGUAUCACACCAUGGAUUUUGCUGCCAUUUCUGCCUCAUCAUUUCCUCUUGCAACUCUGCUGUCUCCUUUUUGGUGUUCUCUGCACUUUACUAUGGCUACUUCUUUAUGUUCCAAUAAGGUAUAAUAAAGAUCAAGCAGUUGGUUCAAAUGUUUAUCAGGGGUUCCAGCUGCAGUCACAAAACUUCUCCCUCUCCAGUGACACAUGUCUACAUGUUCAACUUACACUGCAUAGGCUGAAUCAGUUUCGUCGCAGUUUUGUCUUUUGCUCAUUUACUCAGCAGUGUUUAGGCCAUCCCUUAUGACUACCAGAGCGCCCAUCAUGGGAGGUGAGCUCCAGGUUUUGUGUGCGUGUGUGUGUGUGUGUGUGUGUGUGUGUGUGUGUGUGUGUGUGUGUGUGUGUGUGUGUGUGUCAGUAGCAUCUGGUGUUGUAGGGCCUCAAUCAUAGCACAUGCCUCUGCAUAGGGAGGGAGUCUUUGGCUGCUAUGUCUCUGGAGGAGUCAAGGUUGUAACUGGUGUUUGAUGUAUCAUUUUAUCAUUUGUCCAGAGUACAGAGACUGUAGGGAGAAUCAAACUUAUUUAAAAAUUUUAGCAGUCUCCAAUAAACUUUUCUGCUUUUUUUAACUGCCUUCUCCACCUUCCAAUUCUGCAUUGUUCCUGCCUUUUGUAACUUUGCUGCGAUCUUCUCUAAACUUCCUAAAGCUCUAAUUUUUAAGUCACCAACCUUGAUAACACCCUUACUAAAAGAAUUCUGUUUAUCCCAUUCCAACCCCCCAAAACAGAACUACUUGACAUUUUUGUGAGUGCAGGAAUUUUUCCCCAGUCUAGGACUGUCAAAUACGCUGCCACACACACAGUGAAAAUACCAACCAAGUAGGAAACCACCCCAAAUUUACAUGGAAAAUAACAGACCUAUCCCUGUGUCCUUAUAAAGAUUUUUAUCUUACUCUGGGAUUGAAAUCUAACCUCAGCAAAGUAAAAGACAAUCAUAACAGCACCAUGAAGAUGAAAUAGACUGGAUCUUCCAGGCAGUCAUCAUGAGCCUCCACAGCAGACUCAGGAGCCCGGGGCAAAGACCUUGUAGGGUACUCCAUUUAGACCAGGUGCCAAUGCUUUUCUGGCAUGGUUUAUGACUUGUCUGACCUCUAUCCACUUCAGGAGAGCAGUGUCAAACUUUGUCAGGGGCUCAGGUGGGCUGGUUACAUAGUGACGUGUCUCAAAUCUCUGGGUGACGUCUGCUGAAGCUGUCCCUCAGGAGGUCCUGGCCUCUGCUAAGACUCUAUGCUAGACACUGUUAGCUUUGUUCUUGCUGGCUUGGCUGAGUCUAAGUGUUGAGCCUUCGAUGAAAAAUAGCAAGCAGGUUCAAAUUAUGAGAUGAGGCUGUCCAAGUUGCUUCCAAGGUACUUUAUUCAGCAUGCGAAUGAAAAAAGUCAAUGAGAAUGAACUUUGCAGAAUCCUGACCGAGGUAACAAAGAAAAACCCCUCCUUAUACAACAUUUCACAAAGGGUGUUCACUUCCUGUUUUGGGAUCAAACCUUUUUCAUCAUGCAAGUUCUAAAACCCUUGUUUCCCUAGAUAGAAACAAUAUAAGGCCCUUGAUCGGGCCUCAGAGUUCCCGUACAGACUUUAUUUUAGCAGCACUGUGACCAUCAAAAUGCCCUUCUACAGUUUCUGUGAGAGGGUCAUAUAAACACUUUUCUGUAAACAUACAUUGAACAUGGUCCAGUCACAAAGACACUCUCUGUGAGCAUACACUGAAUAUUACCUAGUAUGAAUAUCAUACACUGAAUAUUACCUAAUAAGGAUGUCAUAAACUGAAUAUUACCCAGUAAGGAUGUUCCAUGAUUUUGCAUGUUCAGAAGAGUGUCUCAGGACCUCACAACAACACAUCACGAUAAUUUAGAAUAACUUGGCAUGGCUUGUCCAAGAGAAGAUACAGAACUUCCUCAAAAAAUGACUCCUCAAUAGCCUGUGAUCCAAGUGGUUCCCCUCUGUGGUUUUAAUUUAAAUGCUCAAGAUGAGCUGCUCCAGUUCCUGCUCGGGGGUAUGAAGUAUCCUGUUCUUCCUCUCCUCCAGUAAGUUGUAAACGUAUUUGAAUGGGUCCUGAAAGAAUCUUGUUCUCUUUGGCAUUUCUUUAUCCUUUUGGCUCUACUGAGUUGUGCCAGCCUUUGUUAGACUGUUGUUCCACAGGUCCUUCAGGCCUUAUUUUUCAUGGGGCUCAGCUCUCCUCCAUGCUUUUCUGAGGAGCUGUUGUUCUUUAACCAGCUGAAGGAUUGCCUUUUCUCAUCUUGUAAUCUGUGGGGGGGACUGGUGCUCUUUUGGAGCAUGACUCUGAAACAGUUACUUCAGGUAAAACCGAGUAGAACACGCCAUUCCCUGUGCGCCAGCACUGGAAUGUCGCCCCUCGACACCAAAUACAAAAAGAACAAAUACUGAAAAAUACUGCAAGGUGUUUGAGGAGCUGAACGGCCUAAUCAGCGCUGUAUCAUCUCCUCUUGUUGUUGCUUAGGUGAAAUGGAUAUUCACAGACACAUUGAUCUUACGCGCUAUAGCUUUACCAAACCAGGAAAAUCUUAAUGAGAGUCCUGACAAAUGAAUUUGGGGAUAAAUGUAUUGCACUGUAUUGUAAAUAAAGUUCUUGUAUUGUGUUUGUGGCAAGGGGGGUGCUAUUUUGUUCAUAAAUAGAGAAUAUUGUCUCCAACCAGCAACGCCACCUGGGGACUUGCACCCCAGGAAACUGUACUUUCAAACUAAAACCAUAACAGGAAGCUAAAAUAAGAAUAAGGCAACACAGGUAAGUUCUGAAGAGGCAGAGACAGAGUUCAAAAUAUUUAUUAGAUCAAAAAAUGAAGUUAAACUUAAAUAUAACUGAGAAAUUUAACCUAGGAGGGACAGAAAGGGAUAAAGUUAAAACAUCAUAACAAAACACAAAUAAGGGGCAAGAAAGUUAAUUUUAUUUCUAUAAUAAAUUUAAAACAAGGCCUUCUACAAAACUUAAAAAGUACAAUAACACCAACUUAAACUUAAUCACAGAAACCCAAACUAAGUUAACUUAAGAUAAGCUGAGGCCACCAGAAGGGAGGUGGACUACAGCGGGAAAGUGCAGGGGGGUGCUCCCUUAUACUCACCAAGUGAAGCACAGCACACACACUGCAAACCUUCAACAAAAGAAACAAAUCGGUGUAGUCUUGUGACCCCGUGUCAAACUCAUGCAAAGGUGGAGGGCCCUCACCCGGGGUGCCUAGCCUCCAAAACUAGUGGGCUCAACUUCUGAAAUAAAAUAAAAGGAUUAACCAAAGAAACAAACAAACCAACAACAGCGAACCCAGUUGGUAAACUAGAGGCACUAAGGAGAAAAGCAACUAAGGGUAACUAAGAACAGAAUGCAAACUAAUGGGGGAGUAACUGGGUAAAACAACCAAACUUAGAGGUAGAACCAAACCAAGUAAGGGGGGAAACCAAUCAAAAGGGCAGAAACAACCAAAGUAAACAGGCAAAAAUAACGACAGUUAAUGGGGGCAACAAAACAGCAGCAGGUCUACCACCUACAAACAAAAAGGACAUGCUGUUAAAAGCAAUCAUAAAACUCUAAAGAUUAAAAGUUACCAGCCACCCUACUCACCAGCACUCCAAGCAGAGCAGAAGGCCGACUGCAGGUGAGCUGCUGCCUUUUAUUCAGCUGACCUGAUAAGGGGAAGGGAGGGGUUAGAGGAGGAGGGAGAGCUGCAUUCAAUAGCAGCAAGGUGCUGCCUGCCACAUGUUGUAAAAAGCACUUGAACUUGUCAUUAAUUAGGAGAGAAACUGUCAUGAUUUAUUCUAGUCUUUUGCUUGUGUUGUAUUUGCUGUCAUUCCCCUGAGCUUCUGUUUCAGGUGUGUAUUUAGGAUCCUCAUGUUCCUUUUUCCCUCGUGUUUUAGUCUCAGGUUAAGAUUCUAUUGUUCGCUUUUUUUCCCUUCUCCUUGUGUGUCCAGUGUAUCUUGAGUUUCCCGUCCCUUGCAAUGACACUGUUAUCUUGUUGCCACACCUAUAUUAUUUCCUGGCACCCUGUAAAUAAAAUCUCUGUGUUGCCCUCCCCAGAUCAUAACUAACCCUGCCUAACGUCUUUGUUGCUCAGUGCACCAGUUUUUGUUUGUAAAUGUGAAAACAAACCGUUACGUCGUUUGCACUCUGUAAAGGUUUAAAAUAAAGGAACAGGUAAACCAGGCCAAUUGAAAAAGCAGGUCCCUCUGACCUCGCGCAGACCUUGCUCAUUAUUAUUCACGAGCGCGGCCUCGGUGAGCCGCGCCCACUCUCUCGUUCUGGUACUCAUUCACAGUCAACAUCACUCUCCAGCCAGAGCGAGACCCAGCUACCACUGUAUCCGCUAUGGGUCUUUUCCAAACGACCGCUGUUUCCUUGGGUUCACUGCCGGGAAAAUGAACUUAAAGCUGGGCAGAAUGAAUGAGAAAACACCGCUGGAGAUCUCCGGCUUCUUCUUCAACUUCCACCUCCUCUUCGGACUCGGGGUCUCAAAUAUAUGGUUUAAUACCUGCCAUUUUUAGCCUUUAGCAUAAGGUGACCAGACGUCCCCGAUUUCCGGGGACAGUCCCCGUAUUGGAUGACCUGUCCCCGGCAAAAGCUGUCCCCGAAAAUGUCCCCAAUUUAAGCAUUUCAUGAAUGAGAACAAAAAUGUUGCGUGUGGGCUCGAACAACGGUUUUUAGGCUACAGUAGCCGAAUGGGUAGGAAGCACAAGUUAGCAGUCCUGAACAACAGUUUUUAAGGGGGUUAUUACAAGGGGCAUGAGCUGCUACUAAAUAGUACCGAGACUUUGUCUGUGAUCACACAGCCCCUGCAGCCCCUGUGCCGCCGCACCGAAUAUCCCCGGAUAUCAUUACAGACAUCUGGGCACCUUACUUUAGCACACAUUAGCAAAAUGGAUAAACCGAAAUCCAAACCUCCACUGCUGAGCCAAUCAAAGCACAGCAGGCUUCACAGCAGCGAUCCAAUCAGAGCAAAGCUCAUUACCAUAAAUGUUAAUGAGCCAAAACCAGUUGGUUUUCCUGUAAGGUUUUUUAGGCAUACUAAAACAAACCAUCAAAUAACUUUUCAUCUAAAAUUAUGUUGCAAACAUGAUCAGAGGACAUCAAGGAUUAUGAAAAAAUGAUAAAAAUGGGUAUGAAAUUUUGGUGGCAGGUCCCCUUUAAGGUCCGUUUAAUUUAAGGUACUAAGGUCUAUGCUCUUUACUCCACUUAUUUACCACAAGCCAAGACUGCCUUGCCAACAGAUGGCGCCGAAGUUGAUGCCCUUCAAAAAGUCACUGUAUGCCUCGAUGCUGAUAAUCCGUUCACUUUAAGUUUUAACAUCCUCCCACAUUAUGUAAAAAAGAGGCAUCUUCAAAAGUUGUAUUAAAUUUUCUCAAAUUACAUAGAACAUGAGAAGUAUUGUCAAGUUUUCAUAAGUGCCUCCAUCUCAGGUGGAAGCUUUUUUUAAUGUGUUCACAGUGAUUUUUUUUUCUGCUCAUGCUGAAGCGUUUCAGCUUUAUUUGCCUAUUUCUCUUUCCCACCCUCCAUUUCAACAUCCCCAUUUAUUGCACUCAUUUUUAUCCUUCUGAAGUUUCUGCACAUGGGUCUUUGUUCCAAUGUGACAAUUUUAUUGAUGUAGUGGAUUCUACUAACCUCUUCAGAGGUUUUAUGUAUUGAAAACUGUUGUGUUGAAAGUCAUAUAGCUUCUAUUUCAUUGUUAAACUACACUGAAGACACGCAAAUCGCUGUCUAUUAUGAUCAAAUGUAAUUAAAAUACACAUGACAACUCAAAAAAUGACUUUCAAAAUUUUAAGAAAAAAACGUUUCUCUAACAAUUUCUGCUCAAUUUUACUCAUUUUAAGCUCCUCAGACCAGAUUUUUUUCUUGCAGUUUAUUCUGUCCAUGAAAUUGAUAAGCUCAGUUUUCUCUAGUUAAAUCUUUCCACAGAAACAAUAACCCUGGUUCUUCCUCUGCUGUACAGACUUCUCCACCUGGACUGUGGACAUUUUUAUAGGCAGAGGGCAGAACUAAGUCAGUGUAUCUAUGAUGGGCUAUAUUCAUGGAAGGAUGUCCAAACAAAAGAUCAGCUUGAUGACUUGGAUGUGCGUGGUCUCUAUCCUCUCUGUCAUCAUACUGCUCUGCACCGACAAGUGGGUGGAAUUACCCAUGUGCUCUGUUUCAGUACAGUCACAAUCUUUACAUGUUGUUCAAAAAGUGGAUUUGUUGUAUAAAUCUGUAUAAUUCAUGUAUUAUUUGUCUUAAUUACUUUGCUGUGGACCUGCAGGUACUCCCUAAACUCUAAAUACCAGACUCAGUUCUACCAAGCGGCCCCUAAACCUCUCACCAGGGAGCAGCAGCCACUGCCUCCACAAUGUGGUCCAGGAAAAAUAGGUAAACUGUUGGUAAAUGCUGCUCACUGUGAUUUCCCUGCUUUAAUAUUCAACUUUCGUUCUGAAUAUGUUUGAACAAAACUUUUUAAACAGUUUCUCUGGAGCAAAGGUUCUUGCGAGUGAAAGGGACGAAGACACUGCUGGUGUCUGCUUAUCAGGAGCACCGCACAGGCAAAAAAGGGGUCAGUAAAGAGAGCUGGGUGCCAAGUCCAACAGAUUUGACUCACUGGGCUCAUUUCCUCCUUCUCUGUUACCAGGUACGUGUGAAUGCAGUGGCUCUCAGGAGCCAGAGAGCAUCCUACGUCUGUUCCCUCUGUUGUCAUGGGAAACUUUACAUCACUGAAGGUCUUCAGAGAAUCCACCAGGAUCACUUUGGCUUUGCAUACGGGAUGGCACACAUCUUAUGUGACCUUCCCCUCCACUGUAAGACAGCAUCUUAUAUUGCUGUAACCUCUGCAGCUGCCUCUGCAGGUACUGACACAUGUUGACUCCUGUUGGGGUCGACUUUUUUGAUUCUGUUGGUGAAUGUGACCAAAAUAUCUCUUGCCACUUAAACUUUUUUAAGGCGUAAACUGCUGUGUCAUACCUCUGUUUUAAAUUAAAAAACCGUCAGGUAAAAUAAGACUUGAUGUUAGUUUUAAUUUCAGGGUUCUGCUUUCAAUAAAUGUUCAUGAAAUAGUCACGUUGACAACAUCUGUCCACUACUUGUGAAAACUGUUGAAGGAUUUUAAAGCUCCUGCAAGGACUUUUUGAAGGGCAUCAACUUCGGCGCCAUCUGUUGGCAAGGCAGUCUUGGCUUGUGGUAAAUAAGUGGAGUAAAGAGCAUAGACCUUAGUACCUUAAAUUAAAUGGACCUUAAAGGGGACCUGCCACCAAAAUUUCGUACCCAUUUUUAUCAUUUUUUCAUAAUCCUUGAUGUCCUCUGAUCAUGUUUGCAACAUAAUUUUAGCUGAAAAGUUAUUUGAUGGUUUGUUUUAGUUUGCCUAAAAAACCUUACAGGAAAACCAACUGGUUUUGGCUCAUUAACAUUUAUGGUAAUGAACUUUGCUCUGAUUGGAUCGCUGCUGUGAAGCCUGCUGUGCUCUGAUUGGCUCACCAGUGGAGGUUCAGAUUUCGGUUUAGCCAUUAUGCUAAUGUGUGCUAAAGUAAGGUGCCCAGAUGUCUGUAAUGAUAUCCGGGGAUAUUCGGUGCGGCGGUGCAGGGGCUGCAGGGGCUGCAGGGGCUGCGUGAUCACAGACAAACUCUUGGUACUAUUUAGUAGCAGUGCAUGCUCCUUGUAAUAACCCUCUUAAAAACUGUUGUUCAGGACUGCUAACUUGUGCUUCCUACCCAUCCGACUACUGUAAUAACCGUUGUUCAAGCCCAUAUGCAACAUUUUUGCUCUCAUUCAUGAAAUGCUUAAAUCAGGGACAUUUUUGGGGACAGCUUUUGCCGGGGUCAGGUCAUCCAUUACGGGGACUGUCCCCAGAAAUCGGGGACGUCUGGUCACCUUAUGCUAAAGGCUAAAAAUGGCAGGUAUUAAACCAUAUAUUUUAGACCCCGAGUCCGAAGAGGAGGUGGAAGUUGAAGAAGAAGCCGGAGAUCUCCAGCGGUGUUUUCUCAUUCAUUCUGCCCAGCUUUAAGAUCAUUUUCCCGGCAGUGAACCCAAGGAAACACCGGUCGUUUGGAAGAGACCCAUAGCGGAUAUAGUGUUAGCUGGGUCUCGCUCUGGAGAGUGACGUUCACUGUGAAUGAGUAAGAGAACGAGUGAGUGGGCGCGGCUCACCGAGGACGCGCUCGUGAAUAAUAAUAAGCAAGGUCAGCGCAACAUCAGAGGGACCUGCUUUUUCAAUUGGCCUGGUUUACCCGUUCCUCUAUUUUAAACCUUUACAGAAUGCAAACGACGUAAUGGUUUGUUUUCACAUUUACAACAUAAGACGAACAUAAUAUGGACCUUAUCUGACACAAAAAACACAAAAAAUUACAUUUUGAUGGCAGGUCCCCUUUAAACCUCUUAGAGUAAAGCUCCACUGAGUAACUUUUUGUUUGUUUUGUGUUGAUUUUCAGUGCAGGUGUUGCAGCUUUUUUUUGGCAUUACACAACUUUACUUUGUUGUUCCUGUCUGAACAUUUGUGUGUAUUUUCUUGCAUAGCCAAAAACAUGCUUUAGUUUGAACAUUUGAUGUUUUCUUUGCAUUAAUUUGGUGGAUGGCUCAUUCCUUUCGGCACAUUGUAUCUCAAAAAAUAUAUAUUUCUGUUUCUUUUCUAUGUGUUUAGAGAAUAAUGUGACAGAGUUUUUUGAGGUAAGGAACCAGGAGGCAAAAAGUGGCUCUUUUCCUUACAACUUCACCACCUGCUUUUCCACCAUGUUUAACUUCAACAAUCUGCUGCAGGUCAGUUCAUAAAGCGGACAAAGUGUUUAUUUUCCUCCUAAUGUAAAGCCUUAUCGAAAAGCUCAAAGGUCACCAAGUCCUUGUGUUUUCUUGCAGCUGGUCCAGAGUUUAGAAAUGUUGCAGUUACUGGGAGUGGACAGAGUUGUGAUCUAUAAGACCAGCUACAGCCCUGAAGUUAAGCAUUUACUCAACUACUACAUACAAAAAGGUGGAGUAUGGAGGAGGUGGGCUGUUUAAAGUGGAAAUUUAAAACUGGAAUUUACCACAAUAUUCUGUUUUGAGAUCGUAAAUGUUUAAUUUCUGGGAGCUGUGGGAAUCAAGAUUCAAACCAACAAAGUCAUGAAAUGUUUUUCUUUGUGUGGGAAUCGUCAUUAACAUAUGGAAGAUUCACUUUUUGAAUGAAAUUAUGGGAACGAAAAUAAACUCAUUUUUUAGCUUCACCUUUACUUUGAGUUCGACAAGUUGAGACCUUUAUGCAUGAAAUGAGUCUGGUUUUACAUGUCCCUGGCUGGAUGAAAACCUUUGCACAUAUGCAAAGUUUACAUGUGAGCAAGUCUCACCUGCAGCUCUUGAUUGUGCCAUCUUUGCAGCUGCUCUUGGGGAUUAAAAAGUUGACUAGAGUAGGGCCUGUGUAUUGCUCUGAUUAUGCAUUUUAGUGCAUAAUCAUUCUCUGACUCUUUUGGUUGUCCAAUUUGACUCUUGUAAUGUCUUUUUCAGGUUAUGUGGAGGUGAUUGAUUGGCCUAUGAUCAGAUAUCUGAAUGUAUCUCAGAGCUGGCGCCCUGACCUCUCUCCAGGUGACAUCCAUUACUAUGGUCAGAUUGCUGCUCUCAAUGACUGUGUUUACAGAUACAUGUACAAGUCCAAAUAUGUGGCCCUGCAUGAUCCUGAUGAGCUCAUACUGCCCCAGUCUGUAAACAGGUAUCAGAUUAAUGGAUUAACCUCUCGGUGACUCCACCACUGUCUCAUCCUCAGUUUGUUACAUCUUUUUCUUUCUUUUCUUUUUUUUUUUUGUUACGAUUUUCUCUCAUUCUUUUCCCAGCUGGUUGGAGUUGCUGCCCCUUCUGGAAAAAAGAUAUGGCAAGGAUAAGUGUUACAAAUUUGAGAACAAUGUUUUCCAUAACAACAUAAUGCUGCCUCCCCCAUCCUUCCAAACUCUGCCCCCCGAGAGCCGCUGGCAAAAAGUCUCUGGGGUUAACAUCCUGGCUCAUCUCUACAGAGAACCCGUCAACGGGUCAAAUGUGGCCUUAACAAAUUUUAAGAUCAUUGUCAAUCCAAGAGUUGUGUUCGAAGCAACGGUCCACGGACUGCUUUCUCCAGGGGGAAUCUGCUAUAUGGUAGACAGAAAGGUAGCACGGAUGUACCACACAAGGUAGGUUAGUGGUUCUGAGCUUCAGCCUGAUAUCAUAAUCACAUUCAUGGUGGGAGUGUUUUGGUUGAGAAACAUUUCUGUUUCAUCAAACAGACUUGCAGGGAAUUUGCUUUCCUCAAGAGUUAUCAUCAAAUUCCCUGUCCUUCAUCCAUUUGGUAGUUUUUUCUCUGGUACAAAUGGAUUGCAUUGUUAUACUUAAAAAUGCACUAAACGUCGAAUCAGUUUCAGUUUAGUUUCUUUCUCUGUCAGUAAAGCAAAUGACUGAUAAUGAUAUGCUGACCCCCCAGGGGUGAAAUAACCAUCAGAUGUUAGUCCAUCUGGUCCACGUUUGGUCCCUGGUUUCAACAGGAUAAAACGUUUCAUUCACUGGUCAGCUACUGUUUGAAGUCACCUUUUCCUGCUGUGACUGCCUAUUGUAUUGAACACCCUUAUUCAAAAACAAUUUUGUUUCUCAGCCCAUGGGCUUUUUUGUGGCUGUAGAAUUGGUAUGCAGUUAUUCCUUCCGCACCAUGCAUUGUCAUUUUCAUGAUGCUCUUUGGUAACAAUGAAGUUUAUUGUGAUUCUGAUGUUUAGUUUAUAUCUGGAAUAACUGCGGUUCCACUUUGUGUCUCUCUUUUCUGCUGCAGACAACCCAUGCAAAAAGGACUAAAACCAGAGCAGCUCAUUUAUGACGGACGACUGCUGAACUACAGCCCCCAGCUGACAUCUGCAGUCAAUACUGUCCUCACAGAGAGCGGACUUCUACCGCAGGACAGUGUGGUGUAG